GACGUCGGGGAGGGACUUUCUGGACACUGCGCAACAAGUCCUGGUGGAUGAUGAGAGUGAAUGACAACACGGCAUGCAGUAGCUCAGCCGGGGGACGGACUUUAAAUGGAUAAUUAGGUACGAUUUUUAUUUACCUCAGCCACGGAUUUCAUCUCUGCUGCCGCUUGGAGAGGAUAUGUCGCAGUAAAGUUUAUCCGGACUUUGAAAGCGCGCCGGUGGAAGUUUUUCCAGCACAUGCCGCAGCACAGAAAACACUUUGGAGGAAACAUUACAGGAAAGAAUGGCAAAGGUACAUCGCUCCUCAGCCUUGAUGUUUCACAUUCCACUCAGGUUUAAUCGCCAAAGUAACGCUGCGAGUUUACAGCUGCACAAACCGCAGCAGGUGACCAGCAGGGCAUGAGAUCUGGACUGCAACUCGAUCACAGGCUGGACUUGAACGUAACGGAAGGCAAUGUGAAAUGGUCCCGACUUGUCACAGAAGCUGGGAGGAUAUAACUUGAAAAAAGAAGACAAAAAUAAAAAAGCAAUAAUAUCAGUCAACCAUGAGAGCACUGAGUUUGCUGUGCGUAAUAGUCGGGCUGUGGGAAUCGAGCCUGAGCAACAGAAACUGUCCGGAUCUGAUCGUUGACAGCUGUCACUGCUCGGCGGAGAGGUCCAAGGAGCUGAGCAGGCAGCACGUCCGAGUCAAAGUUGUGUGCGAUGAUGUGGACUUGAUGGACACCCUGCAGCCCAGCUUCUUACCCAACAGAACCGUUUCCCUAAACCUGAGUAACAACAAGAUCUCCCUGCUGAGGAAUGGCUCCUUCUAUGGCCUGGCUGCCCUGGAAAAACUGGACCUGAAGAAUAAUUUGAUAAGUACAGUGGAGCCUGGGGCCUUCCGAGGUCUGCUGUCUCUGCGGAGACUGGACCUGUCCAAUAACAGGAUUGGCUGUCUCUCCCCUGAAAUGUUUCUUGAUCUGGGCAAUCUCUCAAAAUUGAAUUUAUCUGGAAACAUCUUCUCCACUCUGACUGUGGGACUUUUCACACACCUCAUGGCUCUCAAAGUUCUGCACUUCAGCACUGAGACUUUGUUCUGUGACUGUCAGCUCAAGUGGCUGCUCCUCUGGGCUCGAAGCAAUUCGGUGAGGAUUGGCAACGACACGGUGUGUGUGUUCCCCACCCACCUGCAUGGACUGGAAUUUCGCAACCUACGUGAACAGCAACUCAGAUGUGAUGGACCUCUGGAGAUGCCCCUCUUCCAGCUUAUCCCCUCCCAGAGACAACUGGUUUUUCGUGGAGACCGCCUGCCCCUGCAGUGCACCGCCUCCUACCUGGACCAGUCGGUGGAGCUGCGAUGGCGUCACAACGGCCACAUCAUGAACACGCAGGAGGACCGGGGCAUCUACGUGGAGCAAACCCUGCUUCACGACUGCUGCCUCCUGACCAGUGAGGUCAUCCUGUCCAACAUCGACGUGGGCAUCGCUGGCAUCUGGGAGUGCCUGGUGACCAGUUCCCGUGGCAACACUUCUCAGCAAAUGGAGAUAGUUGUUCUGGAGACGUCAGCACCGUACUGCCCAGCUGACAGAGUCACCAACAACAAGGGGGACUUCAGGUGGCCAAAGACUUUAGCUGGGAUCCUGGCCUUCCUGCCCUGUGCCCCUGCCGCCUUUGGCUCUGCCCCUCACCCCUCAGGCAGCGCUCCUCACCCGUCCGGUCAGAAGGAGAAGAAGGCGUGGCGGCGCUGCGAUCGGUCCGGACGGUGGGCUGAAGAGGACUACACUCAGUGCCCGUAUGCCAGCGAACUGACCCGCGUGCUGCAUGAGCUCACGCAGAUAACUAUUAACACCACCAACGCUCAGCCUUUAGGCCAGCAGCUUGUGACCUUCACCAGCAGGGCAGCACACUUCACCGACGUGAUGGACGUCAUCUUUGUCACACACCUGGUGGAGAGACUGACAAGGCUGGUGGAGAAACGUAAAGAUCUGGGGGACUAUAUAUCAGACAUAGCCAGUAACAUGAUGCUAGUGGAGGAGCACAUCCUGUGGAUGGCGCAGAACGAGGCCAGGGCGUGCACUCGGAUCGUCCAGUGCGUGGAGCGUAUCGCCGACCUGGCGCUGACCGGAGACAAUCAGGUCAUUUCUAAGGUAUCUGCUAACAUCGCUCUGGAGGCCUUUCUGAUUCGCCCGUCUAACUUCCUUGGUCUGUCCUGCACGGCACUUCAGCGGCCCCCCUCAUCUACCACCUCACCCCUCCCGGACAGCCACUCCCACACUGACAAGGACAGGAGCAGAGAGCGUGAUGCCGUGGGGGAAUCAUUGCUCAACUUCAAAUGCCACACUGUCAACAACAGCGGCUCACCGGCCAGUCAGCUCAGCAAGAACUCAGUGGCAGUCGCCUCAAUCCAUUUACCGCUGGCUGGUCCGCCUCUCUCCUCCUCUGCGUUGCAAUCUGUUGAUAACUCCACUUGCAAGCUGCAAUUUAUUGUGUUUCGCAAUGGGAAACUCUUUCCUUGCACGGGGAAUUCGUCAAAUCUCGCCGACGAUGGGAAGCGUAGGAGCGUUUCAACACCAGUUGCUUUCACCAAAUUAGAUGGGUGCAGCCUCGGGAGCGCCGUGCACUCCGUUACUAUCGCUCUCAGACACUUCGCACUGGGUGUAGACCCCACCGCAGCCUAUUGGGAUUUUGACCUGCUGGAUGGACACGGUGGCUGGAGGGCAGAGGGCUGCCACAUAACAGGCUCCGGGGGCAACACGACCACUAUUCAUUGCACCCAUCAUAAUAACUUUGCUGUGCUAAUGGAUCUGAAGAAGGUGCUGUCUUUCCCCCCAUACCCUGGGGAGUUUUUGCACCCGGUCGUGUAUGCCUGCACGGCGGUCAUGUUGCUCUGCCUCUUCGCCUCCAUCAUCACGUACAUAGUGCACCACAGCGCAAUCCGCAUCAGUCGGAAGGGAUGGCAUAUGCUUCUCAACUUCUGUUUCCACACGGCUCUGACCUUUGCUGUGUUUGCCGGCGGCAUCAAUCGAAUCAAAUACCCCAUCAUCUGUCAAGCAGUGGGGGUCGUGCUGCAUUACUCGUCUCUGUCGACCAUGCUGUGGCUCGGUGUGACGGCCAGAAACAUUUACAAACAGGUGACCAAGAAGCCUCCGCAGAGCCAAGAUGGUGACCCGCCUCCGCCCCCUAAACAACCUCUGUUGCGAUUUUAUUUAGUCAGCGGUGGAGUGCCUCUUAUCAUCUGCGGGGUCACGGCAGCCGUCAAUAUAGACAACUAUGGCAGCGGGGAGCAAGCGCCGUACUGCUGGAUGGCAUGGGAGCCCAGUCUGGGAGCCUUCUUUGGCCCCGUGGCCUUCAUCGUCCUGGUGACAUGCAUCUACUUCCUCUGUACCUUCAUCCAGCUGCGGAGACACCCCGAAAAGAAGUACGAGCUCAAGCAGCUGACAGAGGAGCAGCAGAGGCUUGCCGCCGUCGAUGUCCCGGCCCACUGCCACCAGGGAGCCGAGCCUGGGGCCCUGGCAGCCCCACCCAGUGGAAGCCACUGCCCUGCCGGCUGCCCAGGCAUUCCCAUCAAUCCCGCGCUGCUGGCUAAUGAGCACUCCUUCAAGGCUCAGUUACGAACAGCGGCCUUCACCCUUUUCUUGUUCCUGGCUACCUGGACUUUUGGGGCGCUGGCCGUGUCACAGGGCCACUUCCUCGACAUGAUCUUCAGCUGCCUUUACGGUGCCUUCUCCGUCACCCUUGGCCUCUUCAUCCUCAUCCAUCACUGUGCCAAGCGUGAUGAUGUCUGGCAUUGCUGGUGUUCCUGUUGCCCAGGACGACGCGCCAAUGCCUGCACUGGCCCCCAUGGGCCCGCUCAGGCGCGGCCCAAGGUAAAUGUAAAUGGAGAUACCCCUGGGCAUGGCCAUGGUCACAGCCACUGCCACCAUGACUCACCAUGUCAGGGUAAAGCGCUGAUGAGCUGCAGUCAUGCCAGUUUAAGUCACUGUAAACACGCCGCCCUACCGUCCUCGCAAAAUCAUGUGACGUGUCUGGCACCUGUGACGCCGUGCUGCGCCGCCCUGCAUAGCCAGCAGCUGAUGGAAGAGGAGCCCACUGCUACGCAUGUGCUGCUACAUGCUGACCCGGAGGGUUACCGGCCGGGGAUCCAGUUGCACCCCUGCCUAAAGAGCAGCACCAGGACUAAAGGGCGUCACUUCAGCCGCCGAUCCGGGGCUGGUGCUUGUGGAGCAGGGAGUGAGCGGGAAUACGCCUAUCACAUCCCCUCCAGCGUGGAUGGAGGCAGCGUGCACAGCUCACACACUGACAGCCCCCACAGCACACAUGAGCGCCAUGCCCACAUCUGUCCACAUCUGGCCCACGAAGGCCACCAUGAUGGGCAUCACACAUGCCACGCCGCUGCAGCCACCACGCACGAGGCCCUGGCAUGCCAUAAUCCCUGCCACAGGCAUAUCUGCUGUGCCAAGGCAGACCUUUUCCCCUCGUUGUGCCCAGCAGAGGCAGGCGACACAGGCGUCUUCCUGUGCGGCUGCGGUAAAGUGGCCGAGCAGGACCCGAUGGCGACACAUCACCAUCUGGAGAUGCACGCCCCACGCAGACAAUCCUACCCCCAGAACCCGCCCAAUCAGAAUGGGAUUCUAAAGGGGGGCCUGCACGAAGGACUCCUGUACACCUCAGACAGCACAGGGAAUAUACGCACUGGACCCUGGAAGAAUGAAACUACUGUGUAGUGCGGGGAGGAAAAACAGGGGAGAUGGGCAACACCCCCUUCUUCAUCCUCGCCAAAAAUAAAACCCUCCCUUUCUAGAAUUAAAAAAAGAAAUGAAUUGAACAAUGUUUUAAACAUCACAAUCAGCGUGGGAUAUUUUUAUUUUAAUGUCCUCAUGUUUUUAUGUGUGCUGUUUUACUGUACAGGAAUCUGAUAUCAUGUAAAUGCUCCCUGAAGGGCAUCCAUACACAGAACAGAAUCUCUUCCAACAAGAAGAAUUUGUAAAAUGUGUGUCACAUCAUACCAUCAGAUGUAAUUGAAGGUAUUUCCACUGUUCCAUAUAACUACAGAUCUCUCUCUAUAUAUAUAUACAAGAAAAUGAACGGUUGUAUGUAUGUAUGAAUAUGUGUGUUAGUGCUCAAAGGCAACACGCUGCAAGAUUUUUUUACACUUCUGAAUCUGAAUCCAUCAAAUAGUCGCCAAUGGCGGUGAACCUCCAGUACUUUAAAGAACUCUUGGCAUCCAUGUUUUAGACGACUAAACCAGCAAUUUUAGACUUCAUGGGUAUUUUUGCCAUUCAGUCAAGCAACUGUGAAUAUCUACUAGAGAUUUUCUAAAUAACAUACAAAGAUACUGUCGCUUGCCAGAGACAUGUGGAUGCCAGUUAAGUUGUGAAAAUUCAAAGCAACAGCAAAAGACAAGUGAAAUUAAGCAUCCUCUUCCAGGUUGGUAUUGAUCGUGCUGUCUGUAUGAUGUCUUUACUGUUGUGUUUCUUUUUUUUUUUUCUGGAGAAAAGUAAAUAACGGCAGGAUCAACAGCAACAGCGUGGCCAUUGUGAAUAGAGAGCUGAUGUCAUUCGAGUCAUUGGAUCCAAUGCGAUUUUUUUUAUGAACACUGUGCCACACAGAGCGAGUACAUUGCCAAACUAGCGUGCAGGUUUUUUGUUUUUUUAAAUUCAGCUUUGGCUCAGAUCGCACUCGAUCUGACGCUAUCAGACAUUAUUAAACCACCCUUUAUAAAAAUCAAACACUCAAACAUUUUGGGGGGGAAAAAAAGAGUGAAUGGGAUUAUAGAAGAAACAAUAAGCUGCUUUGGGAAACCUGCCUGUGACCACUGUUCUAUUAUUUUAUUAAAACUAAUAAAAGAUUUCAGCCAACCUCACCCACUAUUAGCUAAAGCCACACAAUGACACAUGGCAGAAAUUAGUGCAGAUGCAAUCCCUUUAUAUUUGAUCAAUUUUUGAUUUCUCUCAUAAAACCCCCAGAUCAAGCAUGCCGUGUUGUAUGUAGCUAUAUUUUCACAGUGUAGAUGAAUGCUCAUGCCCAUGAACAUAUUAUUUGCCUUGACCCAAUACGACUGCUGCAGCUUGACGUGUAUCAUUUUUGUCAUACUUUUGGAUUAAGCCUAGUUCCCCAAAAAUUCUCUAUUAUUUCCAAUUCAUAAUCUCCAUUUGACAAGACUUUUAGAGUCCAGAAAACUCAUAAUUCUCGCCUCUGCUUUGGUAGAUAACUUGUGUCAGGAGAGGCCAAGGUUGAAAUGUGGAUUUUUUUUUUUCUGGUUACCAUGAAGGUCACAUUCUCUUUGAAGAAUUGACGCUCAAAUGAGGAAAAAAAGAGAAGAAUAGGCUCUGCAUUGACUGAGCAGCACUUGUUUGUUUGAUGAAUGAUGAUAUUGAGUACAAUACUCCAGAGAAAACCGGUCAUAUAUCUCAUCAAAAAAGCCAAACUUAAAAAAAUAUAACACCCAAGCAGCGCAUAUAAUCUCACAGCAAACCACCUCGGCAUGCACGCCAUCUCUUUAUCCAUCUUGUGCACUCUUGUCUGUGUAUAUAGAAUCAGUUUCUGAUGAAUUAUUUUAUAUAAGAUUUAAGCUAUUUAAGAAUAAAAUAAGUCUAUAUGUAAAGAAAGUUGUAUGGGAAAAAAAAAAACUGACCUCUCAAUGUUAAUGCUCAGUAUCUGAGUUUAGAAAAUGUCCUUUUUGUUUUCAGAUGCCUUUUUCUGUUGCAUUUUAAGUUGAUGUCAUAAAGUAUGCAGACUCGCCAUGUGUUGUGAGACUUAUCCUGUCAUAUCAGAAAUAGAAAUGCACUACCCAUAAUAACAUUUGGCCUGCCAGAAUAGAAUUUGUCACUUACAGUAUGUUUAUCAUAAAAAAAAGAAAAACACGUUUGUUCAGACAGAUAUAUUUGAAUUAAAAAAAAGUGACUUCUGCAGAAAAGAGAAGAGAAACAUCAAUGUGAUACUCCCUUUGGUUGGACGGCAGGCUUUGAAUAGUGAAAGGAGGCCCUGGUAGACAUCAAAGAUGAUGCAUGACCCUCAUAGCUUUGCACAGGGCCACUGGAGUUAUUUCCAGGGUCUGGGACAAAAUGGGAUAUUAUGGGCCCAACUUAUGAGUUAUAUAAAAGCGGCUAACAAUUGAUCACAUAAUGCGGGCUCCUUUGAGCCACCCUAGAUGCUGGCAGUCAGUGGCCCUGGCUUACAGUUUAUUGGAAAGGGAUUUGUAACAGUAUCACAACAAAACAUUUGAAACCAGCCUCUCCUGCUAAACUCACAUUAAACUCAGAGAACAUCGGUCUAGGUUAAUUGCUGUACAACAUGUGUAUUUGCUGGUGGUGUCUUAGGAGCAGCCUGAGCUUUUCAGUGUCUGUGAGACGAUGUGUUUGGUAUCAUAGGCCACCGUAGGCCAACUUCUCUGUUGUCACCAGUAGCAGAUGUACUGCCCUAAAUGAGCUUUGCUGACUUAGUUUCGGCUCACCAGACGGCUGCUGGAAUAUUCACCUGUGGUACUGUGACAAAACCUAAAGCCAGUUUUCACUUUUUUCUACAUUGACACAGAUUCCAAUAAAUGUAUUUUUUCACCAUGCAACGGA